AUGGUCAACCUUCAAGAUGGUGUCACUAGUUAAAGGCAUCUGCUGAAAGAUUUGGAACAGAAGAAGGUGGCCACUCCGAACUUGACCAACUGUAAUACAGAGUCACCAGCAGCCCUGGAGGAGGCCAAGCCCCCUGGGGCUCCUCGGAGCCCCGAAACACCCCCCGAGCCUCAUGAGCCAUGCAGUUCCCUGCCCCUGACACCCAGGAUGGAGAACCACUCAGAGGAGGAAGAUCCUACUGGGGCCCAGGGGGCCCAGGGCUGGGACAGUCGGGGUCCCAGGACCCAGAGCUCGGAGAGCUGCUCCGUGGAGGCCGUGCUGGGCCGGAAGAAGCAUCGCCGGCUGCCCUCCAAGCGCAAGCGCCACUGGAGGCCCUAUCUGGAGCUGAGCUGGGCCGAGAAGCAACAGCGGGACGAGAGGCAGAGCCAGCGGGCCUCCCGGGUCCGCGAGGAGAUGUUCGCCAAAGGCCAGCCCGUGGCGCCCUACAACACCACCCAAUUCUUGAUGAAUGACCGGGACCCGGAGGAGCCCAACCUGGAUGUGCCUCAGGGUGCCUCCCACCCAGGCUCCAGCGGGGAGAGUGAGGGGGGGGACAGCGACGGGCCUGGCCAGGCCCACGGUGAGUUCCAGCAGAGGGAUUUCUCCGAGGCCUACGAGCGCUACCACACUGAGAGCCUGCAGGGCCGCAGCAAGCAGGAGCUGGUGCAAGACUACCUGGAUCUGGAGAGGCGGCUGUUCCAGGCCGAGGAGGAGACCCGCAGGCUGCGGCAGGUUCAGGGCCGCGCCGGCCGGCAGCCCUGUCGCCAGGUGGAGGAGCUGGCUGCCGAGGUGGAGAGGCUGCGGACAGAGAACCAGCGGCUCCGGCAAGAGAACCAGCUGUGGAGCCGAGAGGGCAGCCGCCAGUGUGGGGAGCCCGGCACCUAGGGGCCCCAGCCUGGAAGACCCAAGGAGAAGGCGCCAUUUCAAACACACUCAGGCCAGCUGGGUCUCAAGGAGGCAGAUGAGCAUCACUGAGCACCCCCACACCCCCUGGGAACAGCUGAAACACCUUGUCAUGUUCCACAAUUGUCAUCUUAUUUUUCCACAAAGAAAUUAAAUCUUUUUGGU